GCCGAAACUAGUGCGAGCCUCAAUUCGAGUACCUCUCAUCGACUUUUCGAUCGUUGCGAUUCGAGUGAUAGCGGCAGCGAAUCCUUAGGGGGAACCGUGUAUUCAAAAGACACCUCCAUGACUUCUCCAAAGAUGACCGUCUCGGGUUCUAUCGCUGACAGCAAGCUCGACUACGAGACAUGGCCAGAAUUGUCCGUAGUAUUUCCUGAAAUGGAGGACGCGGCGAACGGCAAUAAAGAGAAUGUUAUCUCCGACAUGUGCUACCAAAUACGCGAGGACCUCCUUGAUCAUGAGCGCAGCGCUGCCAGAGAUUUUCGUUUAGUGUGC